CAGCGCAGGAGCGUUUCCACACUUUACCGCUUCCUUCAUGCGCAUGCGCAUGCGCGCUGUCGCUUAUUGUGUUCGCAAAGAUGGCGUUGAGUAAAACAUUUGGACAAAAACCGAUAAAAUUUCAACUCGAGCAAGAUGGGGAUUUUUACAUGAUAGGUUCAGAGGUUGGAAACUACCUGCGUAUGUUCAGAGGCUCUCUGUAUAAGCGGUACCCAUCACUAUGGAGACGUCUCGCAUCCGUGGAGGAGAGGAAAAAGAUCGUAGCAUCAUCACACGAUCACGGUUACACAAAUUUAGCCACCAGUGUGACUCUGCUGAAGGCGUCUGAAUGUGAGGAGAUCUUCGAGGGGAAUGACGAGAAGUACAAGGCAGUGUCUAUCAGCACAGAGCCUCCAGCAUUCCUCAGGGAGCAAAAGGCGAAGAGGAACAGUCAGUGGGUGCCCACCCUGCCCAACAGCUCCCACCACCUGGACGCAGUGCCUUGUUCCACCACUAUCAACAGAAACCGAAUGGGACGUGACAAGAAAAGAACCUUUCCAUUAUGUUUCGAUGACCACGACCCUGCAGUGAUCCACGAAAAUGCUUCCCAGGCAGAGGUUCUGGUGCCUAUCCGCCUUGACAUGGAGAUUGAUGGACAGAAGCUCAGAGAUGCCUUCACCUGGAACAUGAACGAGAAACUUAUGACUCCAGAGAUGUUUGCUGAGAUCCUGUGUGAUGAUCUGGACUUGAAUCCUCUUACCUUCGUCCCUGCCAUCGCCUCGGCUAUUAGACAGCAGAUCGAGUCUUACCCUACCGACAGCAUUCUGGAUGAGCAGACGGACCAGAGAGUCAUCAUUAAGCUAAACAUUCACGUUGGGAACAUCUCUCUGGUGGACCAGUUCGAAUGGGACAUGUCAGAGAAGGAGAACUCGCCAGAAACGUUCGCUUUGAAGCUCUGCUCUGAGCUGGGACUCGGAGGAGAGUUUGUCACCACCAUCGCCUACAGCAUCCGCGGACAGCUCAGCUGGCAUCAGAGGACGUACGCCUUCAGGUCUGAUUUCAGUGAGAACCCAUUACCAACAGUGGAGAUUGCCAUUCGGAACACAGGUGAUGCCGACCAGUGGUGCCCCCUGCUGGAGACCCUGACAGAUGCAGAGAUGGAGAAGAAAAUUAGAGAUCAGGACAGAAACACAAGGCGUAUGCGAAGACUUGCCAACACCGCCCCUGCCUGGUAAAGGCAGGACGUUAUCGUUGCUGCCACUCAAUAAGCUCACAGUCUCUCGAAGGGCCUCAGGGUUGCUGGAGGGCUUUGCACAGAUCCACACAGCUCUAGAUAACAUUCCUCCAGCCUUCUGACCUCCUCAACCCACACAGCAUUACACACUUUCUCUAUACCAGGACUUUAAACUCUGAUCUGGCAUCAGCCUGGCUUUACAGUGCUCACAGGGGCUGUUCGUGAUGUCUUAGUAGAAUGCCUAUUAUUGCCAUUUCUCUGGUCUCCAGUUAUAGAGACAUCUGUAUAAUCUGGUUGUAAGAACAGGAGGUUGAGAACAUUUGAGUAUUGUGUUUUUCGUUAAAGGUGCUAAUGCAAACUAUGAACUUGACUUGCUUUUUUUUAAAUAAAGACCAUGGUGAAUUCUA